UCUCUCUAUAAAAGCAUAUCUGACCAACAAAUCAAGAAAGACGCUCCCAUGACUGACCCUAAUUUCUACUCCCAAGAAGAAGAAUGGCUGAAACUGAAUAACCCUAAUAUUCCUUCUCCUCCUACUAACAAUAAUUAUUAUGAAACUCCACCUUCUCCUCCUUUGAAAGAAGCCCUCCCUCUGCUGAGCUUAUUAAAACAUGAUGAUGAUGCUGAUGAUGAUGAAGGUUGUUGCAGUAUUAGUGAUUUGGACAAAAAAGGUAGAGACAUCGAUGAUAAUUCAUGUCCUAAAGAUGAUGAAGAUGAAGAUGUUACAGUAGCACUUCAUAUAGGUUUACCAAACCCUAGUAGUGCUGAUUUGGCCUCUAUUCUCAGCUCUAAUAAUAAUAAUGAUGAUUUUUCCAUCCCCAUGAAUAUGAUAAACACAACUAGUACUAGUACUAGUAGACAGUAUUGGAUUCCCACUCCUUCUCAGAUUCUUAUUGGUCCUACUCAAUUCUCUUGUCCUGUUUGCUUCAAGACCUUCAACAGAUACAAUAACAUGCAAAUGCAUAUGUGGGGGCAUGGAUCUCAAUACAGAAAAGGACCAGAAUCAUUGCGGGGAACUCAACCAACAGGUAUGCUUAGGCUUCCUUGUUAUUGCUGCACACCUGGGUGCAGAAACAACAUUGAUCAUCCAAGAGCAAAACCAUUGAAAGAUUUCAGAACACUUCAAACACAUUACAAAAGAAAGCAUGGAAUUAAGCCCUUCAUGUGUAGAAAAUGUGGAAAGGCAUUUGCUGUUAGGGGAGAUUGGAGAACACAUGAAAAGAAUUGUGGCAAACUUUGGUACUGCAUUUGUGGUUCUGAUUUUAAGCAUAAGAGGUCUCUUAAAGAUCAUAUUAAGGCUUUUGGUCAAGGACAUGGACCUUAUGGGAUUCAUAGCUUUGAUGACGAUGACGAAGAUCCUGCAUCUGAAGUUGAACAAGAUAAUCCUCAACACACUCACUCACUAUGA